AUGGUGAGAGCCACAGGACUCAUUCUGUCCUCCAGCACACCCACACACACUCUGAGAGCCAGAGAGAGAGAGUGAGAUAGAGAAGUGUAGCAAGGAGAGAGAGAGAAGGGUGUUGCGAAUAGAGAAAGAUAGCAAGGAAGGAAAGAGAGAGAGAGAUUUUUGUGCAAAGGACUAAAAGAGAAAGAGAGUUAGAGAACAGGAGGAUUUUCUGGCUUUUCUCUCAGAGCUGCAGAUAGAACCGGGAGAAGAGAAAACAGAAAUAUGGCAGAAGGAGGAGAAGGAGAGGAGGAGAUUCAGUUCCUUCGCACGGAUGACCAGGUGGUGCUACAGUGCACUGCUUCUGUCCUGAAGGAGCAGAUCAAACUGUGUCUGGCCUGUGAGGGCUUCGGGAAUCGACUAUGUUACCUGGAGACCACGUCCAAUGCUCAGAACUGUCCACCAGAUCUGGCCAUCUGUGCCUUCGUCCUGGAACAGUCCCUGUCUGUACGUGCGCUGCAGGAGAUGCUGGCUAACACCGUGGACAUGAGUGAGUCAUCCCAAGGAGGAGGCCACCGCACGCUGCUGUACGGCCAUGCUAUCCUGCUCAGACAUUACCACUCUAGCAUGUAUCUGAGCUGCCUGACGACGUCUCGGUCACUAACAGAUAAGCUGUCCUUCGAUGUGGGCCUGCAAGAAGACUGCGUAGGCGAGGCGUGUUGGUGGACGAUUCACCCAGCGUCCAAACAGAGGUCAGAGGGAGAGAAGGUCAGGGUAGGAGAUGACCUCAUCCUGGUCAGCGUCUCCUCAGAGAGAUACCUUCAUUUGUCCUAUGCCAGUGGUGAUCUGAUGGUGGAUGCGUCCUUCAUGCAGACUCUAUGGAACAUGAACCCUGUGUGUUCAGGCUGCGAGCUGGCUGAGGGCUUCCUGGCCGGUGGUCAAGUCCUCAGACUGUUCCAUGGUCACAUGGAUGAGUGUCUGGCCAUCUCCAUGCCUGACGACGGGGACGACAAACGCAGCACCGCCCACUAUGAAGGAGGAGCCGUGUGUAGCCAGGCCCGUUCUUUAUGGAGACUGGAGCCUCUGAGAAUCAGCUGGAGCGGCAGCCACAUGAAGUGUGGCCAGUCGUUCCGUGUGCGCCACAUCACCACGGGCCGUUACCUCUGUCUGGACGAGGAGAAGGGCCUGAUGGUCCUCGACCCUGAGAGGGCCAACACCAAACUGUCUGCCUUCAGCUUCCGCGUGUCAAAGGAGAAGGUGGAACAGGCUCGUAAGCGAGACGUGGAGGGAAUGGGCAUCCCAGAGAUCAAGUAUGGAGAGUCCAUGUGUUUUGUCCAGCACGUGUCCACCAGCCUGUGGCUUACCUACGCCUCCCUGGAUGCUAAGGCUGCUCGCCUGGGGACCAUGAAGAGGAAGGCCAUUCUGCACCAGGAGGGUCACAUGGACGAUGCCCUGACUGUGGCCCGGUCCCAGACAGAGGAGUCUCAGGCUGCUAGGAUGAUCUUUAGCACCACAGGACUCUUCAGGCAGUUCAUCAAGGGUCUAGACUCCCUGCAGGGGAAGAAUAAGUCCCCUGUCCCCGUGCCUCUACCCCUGGACGGGGUCGUCCUCUCCCUGCAGGAUCUUAUCUUCUACUUCCGUCCCCCCGAAGACGAGCUGGAACACGAGGAGAAACAGACAAAGCUGCGCUCCCUCCGAAACCGACAGAACCUCUUCCAAGAGGAGGGUAUGAUCACCAUCGUGCUAGAGUGUAUCGACCGUCUGAACGUUUACAACACUGCUGCUCACUUCUCUGAGUUCGCCGGAGAGGAGGCCGCUGAGUCCUGGAAGGAGAUUGUCAACUUGCUCUAUGAGCUGCUGGCCUCUCUGAUCAGGGGGAACCGUUCUAACUGUGCGCUGUUCUGUGAUAACCUGGACUGGCUGGUCAGCAAACUGGACCGGUUGGAGGCCUCUUCAGGUAUCUUGGAGGUGUUGCACUGUGUCCUGAUUGAGAGUCCAGAGGUUCUGAACAUCAUUCAGGAGAACCACAUCAAAUCUAUCAUCUCUUUGCUGGACAAACAUGGCAGAAACCACAAGGUGUUGGACGUGCUCCGGUCUCUUUGUGUGUGUAACGGUGUAGCUGUAAGGUCCAAUCAGAACCUCAUCACAGAGAAUCUAUUUCCAGGUCGUGAUCUCCUAUUGCAGACCAACAUCGUCAACUACGUAACCAGUGUGAGGCCCAACAUCUUCCUGGGAACCUGCGAAGGCUCUACUCAGUAUAAGAAGUGGUACUUUGAGAUGAUGGUAGACUAUGUGGAGCCUUUCGUGACAGCCACACCCUCUCACCUGCGUGUGGGCUGGGCCCUGACAGAGGGGUACUCCCCCUAUCCUGGAGGCGGAGAGGGCUGGGGUGGCAACGGGGUGGGGGAUGACCUCUACUCGUACGGCUUUGAUGGACUGCACCUGUGGUCAGGUCACGUCCCCCGCCAGGUGGCAUCGCCCAAUCAGCAUGCCCUAGCAGCUGAUGAUGUGGUGUCGUGCUGUCUGGAUCUGAGCGUGCCCAGUAUCUCGUUCCGGGUCAACGGCCACCCGGUCCAGGGCAUGUUCGAGAACUUCAACGUAGAUGGACUGUUCUUCCCCGUCAUCAGUUUCUCUGCUGGAGUCAAAGCUCGUUUACUGUUGGGUGGUCGCCAUGGAGACUUUAAGUUCCUGCCCCCCCCGGGCUAUGCGCCGUGCUACGAGGCUCUGCUACCCAAGGACAGGAUGAGGAUCGAACCCAUCAAGGAGUACAAACACGACUUUGACGGAGUCCGAAACUUGCUGGGGCCAACCCAGUCCCUCACACACACCUCCUUUACCCCCAAUCCUGUAGACACUGCUCAGAUCGUGUUGCCGCCCCACCUGGAGAAGAUCAGGGAGAAGCUGGCAGAGAACAUCCACUCGCUGUGGGCCAUCACGCGCAUCGAGCAGGGCUGGACUUACGGAAUAUUCAGAGACGACAACAAGAAGCUGCAUCCCUGUCUGGUCGACUUCCAGACCCUUCCUGAACCUGAGAGGAACUACAAUCUGCAGAUGUCUGGGGAAACACUUAAGACUCUGCUGGCCCUGGGCUGCCAUGUGGGCAUGGGGGAUGAGAAGGCAGAGGAGAACCUGAAGAUUAUCAAAAUGCCAAAGACCUAUAUAAUGAGCAAUGGAUUUAAGCCCGCCCCCCUGGAUCUGAACCACGUCAAGCUGACGCCCAAUCAAAACCAGCUGGUGGAGAAGCUGGCAGAGAACGGUCACAACGUGUGGGCACGGGACCGCGUGCGCCAGGGUUGGACGUACAGCAUCGUGCAGGACAUCAUGAACAAGCGUAACCCCCGUCUGGUUCCUUAUAACCUGCUGGAUGAGAGAACCAAGAAGACCAACCGAGACAGCGUCAACAACGCUGUACGCACUCUCAUUGGCUACGGAUACAACAUCGAGCCUCCAGACCAGGAGAGCACUGGCCUCGGCCUGGAUGACGUGCGGGGGGAUAAGGUACGUAUCUUCCGUGCUGAGAAGUCCUACGCGGUCACGUCUGGGAAGUGGUACUUUGAGUUUGAGGCGGUGACGACCGAAGAGAUGAGAGUGGGCUGGGCCCGACCCAACGUCAGGGCUGACAAUGAGCUGGGAGCAGACGAGCUGGCCUGGGUCUUCAACGGAAAAACGGCCCAGCGCUGGCACGUGGGUAAUGACCCGUUUGGUCGACAGUGGCAGUCGGGUGACGUGGUGGGGUGUAUGAUCGACCUGACCGAACAAAACAUCAUGUUCACCCUGAACGGAGAGAUGCUCAUCAGCGACUCUGGCUCAGACAUGGCUUUCAAGGACAUCGAGAUAGGAGAAGGCUUCAUCCCAGUGUGCACCCUGGGCCUGUCCCAGGUGGGCAGGAUCAACCUGGGUCAGAACGUCAGCAGUCUGCGCUACUUCGCCAUCUGUGGUCUCCAGGAGGGCUUCGAACCAUUUGCCAUCAACAUGAAGAGAGACAUUACCAUGUGGUUCAGCAAGAGCCUGCCACAGUUCGCCCCUGUGCCAACUAACCACCAACACAUUGAGGUGUCCCGCGUGGACGGGACAGUGGACAGCGCUCCCUGCCUGAAGCUGACCCACAAGACGUUCGGCUCCCAGAAUGCCAACACUGACAUGCUGUUCCUCCGCCUGAGCAUGCCCGUGGAGUUUGACGAGGUCUUCAAGAUCACAGCCGGGACCACGCCGCUGACCCGCACAUUGACCAUCCACGAGGACGAGGUUCUGGAGGUGGAGCCGGACUCUGAGUUUGAGGUUCUGAAGAAGUCGGCCAGUAAGAAGGAGCAGGAAGAGAAGGAAAAGGAACCAUCUGUCGCCAAGGAGACGCCCGAGAUAGAGAAGGACGCAAUGUCAGAGAAGGGCAAGAAGAGAGGGUUGUUUGCUAGGGCCAAGAAGGCAGCUACCAUCAACCCUCCCCCAACCCCUCCCUUGGUGCCACGGUUACAGCAGGACGUGGUCCCAGAUGACAGAGAUGAUGUGGAGAUUAUCCAGAAUACCACCACGUACUACUACUCGGUGAGAAUCUUCGCUGGCCAAGAGCCCACUGGGGUGUGGAUCGGCUGGGUAACCCCCGACUACCACAUGUACGACCCCAACUUUGACCUCUCCAAGGUCCGGAACGUCACCUUAACCGUGGGAGACGACAAGGGCAACAUCCACGACAGUAUGAAGCAUAGUAACUGCUACAUGGUGUGGGGAGGAGACUUCGGCAACAGCUCCCAGCAGGCCAGGUUCAGCCAGGAGGACACUGUGGUUGGCUGCCUGGUCGACCUGGCAACAGGCCUCAUGACAUUCACAGCCAAUGGGAAGGAGAUAAACACCUUCUACCAGGUGGAGCCCAACACAAAGCUGUUUCCUGCUGUGUUCGUCCAGCCCUCCAGUCAGAACAUGGUACAGCUGGAGCUGGGGAAACUCAAGAACAUCAUGCCAAUCUCAGCAGCCAUGUUCCGUAGUGAGCGUAAGAACCCAGUGCCCCAGUGCCCACCCCGGCUGGACAUCCAGAUGUUGACCCCCGUCAUCUGGUCCCGCAUGCCCAACCACUUCUUGGACCCAGAGGUCGGCAGGGUCAGCGAGAGGCUGGGCUGGAUGGUGGAGUGUACCGAACCCCUCACUAUGAUGGCCCUGCAUAUACCUGAGGAGAACAGGUGUAUAGACAUCCUGGAGUUGUCUGAGCGCCUGGAUCUACUGAAGUUCCACUUCCAUACUCUGAUGUUGUACUGUGCUGUCUGCGCUCUGGGCAACAACCGUGUAGCACACGCCCUCUGCUCGCACGUUGACGAAUCACAGCUCUUCUACGCCAUGGAAAACACCUACCUGCCCGGCCCCCUUCGUAGCGGGUUCUACGACCUGCUGAUCUCCAUUCACCUGGAGUCAGCUAAGCGGGCACGGCUGGGCACCAACAGGGAGUUCAUUGUGCCCAUGUCCGCCGAGACCCUCAGCAUCACCCUGUACCCUGACGCUGAGAAGGCCUCUGACCUUCCUGGGGUGGGGUUAACUACCUGUCUUAGACCCAAGCUGCACUUCUCAACCAUCAACUUUGUUGGGACGGAUCCUGACCUGUACACUCUCAGCCCCGUCUUCCCUCUUCAGGAACUGAAGACAAAAGCCAUCAGCAUGUUGACAGAGGCGGUUCUGGAUGGUAGCCAGGCUAUGAGAGACCCAGUAGGGGGCAGCGUAGAGUUCCACUUCGUCCCCAUCCUGAAGCUCAUCAGCACUCUCCUCAUCAUGGGCAUCUUCAACGAUGAAGACGUGAAACACAUCCUCAAGAUGAUUGACCCCAAUGUGUUCGCUGGGAAGAAAGAGGAGGUGGAGGAGGGAGACAAGGCAGAGGAUGCUACCACCAAGGAAGAGGGUGAAGAAGUGAAGGAGAAAGAAGAGGAGGAGGCCGAUGAUGAAGGAGUAGGGGAGGAGGAAGAAGAGGAUGAGGAACUGAAACACCUAGAGAAAGAAGAGGGGGAGGAG